CAGGAGAUGUGCCUGUCCUUAGCGGCACAGAAAGCAGCAUGCACCCCGAUGCCACCGACAGCAGCGGCGCCGGCCUCAGCCCCGCGCCUGCCGCAGACGCCCGCGGCCACCCUGCCUCUGGCGCCCCGGGGGCCCCGUGCGUGCGGCGGCCGGAGCUCCGGGAGGACGCGGCGCCCCCGGGGACCCCCACCGGCGGGAGCUGGCGGGUGGCCGUGGCCCUGGCCGCCCUCGCCGCCGUGUCCCUCUCCUGUCUGGGGCCUGGCUGCUGGCAGGCGGCAAGAGGCGCGGGGCCGUGCACCGUCCUGCUCCGGCUCAGCCUGUACCUGGGCUGCGCCGCGGCCGCCUUCCUGCUGGGGAUCCUCUUCGCCCUGGUCUUCCGGAGCCGGCAAGCCCCGCCGCCCGACUUCGCCGCCGCCCGGGCACGGAUGGCCGCGGCCGCCCGCCGCCUGCCUGGGAGUCCUAUGAAUGGAAAUUCACAUGAAUCAGUUCAGUCUAGAAGAGUAGUGAUUUCUCAUAAUAUGGACAAAGCUCUGAAAGAAGUGUUUGACUACAGUUACCGAGAUUACGUUCUGUCCUGGUAUGGAAACCUCAGCAGAGAUGAGGGACAGCUUUAUCAUCUGCUCUUGGAAGACUUUUGGGAAAUUGCCAGACAGCUGCGCCACAGACUGAGCCACGUGGAUGUGGUUAAAGUCGUCUGCAAUGAUGUUGUAAAAGCUUUGCUCGCUCACUUCUGCGACCUGAAGGCUGCGAACGCCAGACAUGAAGAACAGCUGAGGCCUUUUGUGUUACAUGCAUGCUUGAGGAGCUCAGAUGAUGAAGUAAGAUUCCUACAAACAUGUGCUCGGGUUCUGGUGUUUUGUCUUCUCCCCUCAAAGGAUGUCCAGUCUCUCAGCUUACGUAUAAUGCUUGCAGAAAUUCUCACGACCAAAGUCUUGAAGCCAGUAGUGGACUUACUCAGUAACCCAGAUUACAUCAACCAGAUGCUGCUUGCUCAGCUUGAGCACCGAGAACAGAUGAAUGAGCAUCACAAGCGAGCCUACACCUAUGCUCCUUCUUAUGAAGAGUUCAUCAAGCUUAUUAACAGCAACUCUGACAUUGAGUUCUUGAAGCAACUAAGGUAUCAAAUUGUAGUGGAAAUAAUCCAAGCAACUACAAUUAGCAGCUUUCCCCAGCUGAAGCGGCACAAGGGUAAAGAAACUGCUGCAAUGAAAGCUGAUCUUCUGAGGGCCCGAAAUAUGAAAAGGUACAUUAACCAACUGACUGUAGCAAAGAAGCAGUGUGAGAAGAGGAUCCGAGUCCUGGGCGGUCCCGCCUACGACCAGCCGGAGGAUGCGGCCUUGGAUGAGGUGGAAGGUCCUCAAAGCCAGAAGAUUCUUCAAUUUGAAGAUAUCUUGGCCAAUACUUUUUACCGAGAACACUUUCGAAUGUACAUGGAGAGGAUGGACAAGAGAGCUCUGAUUAGUUUUUGGGAGUCUGUGGAAUAUCUGAAGAAUGCUAACAAGAAUGAAAUCCCGCAAUUAGUUGGCGAAAUUUACCAGAAUUUCUUUGUGGAGAGCAAAGAAAUAUCUGUGGAAAAAUCACUUUACAAAGAAAUCCAGCAGUGUCUGGUAGGAAAUAAAGGCAUCAAAGUGUUCUGCAAAAUCCAGGGAGAUGUUUAUGAGACCCUGAAGGACAGAUAUUAUCCUUCAUUUAUCGUCAGUGACCUGUAUGAGAAACUGAUGAUAAAAGAGGAAGAAAAACAUGCCUCACAGUUGAUUUCCAACAAGGAUGAAAUGGGCCGGGGAAGUGAGGCUGGUGAGGAAGCUGUGGAUGAAGGCGCCAGUCGGAUUAACGAACAAGCCAGUUUUGCUGUGAACAAACUACGAGAACUAAAUGAGAAACUUGAAUAUAAAAGGCAAGCUCUAAAUUCUAUUCAAAAUGCACCAAAACCUGACAAGAAGAUUAUUUCCAAGUUGAGGGAGGAAAUAAUUCUAAUAGAGAAAGAUCGCACAGACCUUCAACUGCACAUGGCAAGAACGGACUGGUGGUGUGAGAACCUUGGAAUGUGGAAAGCUUCCAUCACCAGUGGAGAGGUUACUGAAGAGAAUGGUGAGCAAAUGCCCUGUUACUUUGUCUUGGUGAGUUUGCAAGAAGUUGGAGGAGUUGAAACUAAAAACUGGACAGUCCCCAGAAGACUCAGUGAGUUUCAGAAUUUGCACCGGAAACUUAGUGAGUGUUUCCCCUCCUUAAAAAAAGUCCAGUUGCCUUCUCUUAGCAAGCUGCCUUUCAAAUCUAUAGAUCACAAGUUUAUGGAAAAGUCAAAGAACCAAUUAAAUAAGUUUUUACAGAAUCUGCUUUCAGAUGAAAGACUGUGUCAGAGUGAAGCACUUUAUGCCUUUUUGAGCCCUUCUCCUGACUACCUCAAGGUUAUUGAUGUGCAGGGGAAAAAACCCACUUUUUCAUUGUCCUCAUUUUUGGAAAGACUUCCUCGAGACUUCUUCUCCCAUCAGGAGGAGGAGACGGAGGAAGACAGUGACCUGUCAGAUUCUGGUGAUGAUGUGGACGGCAGGAAAGACGCCUUGGCUGAACCAUGUUUCAUGUUGAUCGGGGAGAUUUUUGAGCUUCGAGGAAUGUUUAAAUGGGUGAGAAGAACAUUAAUUGCUCUUGUUCAGGUCACUUUUGGGAGAACCAUCAACAAGCAAAUCCGGGAUACAGUGAACUGGAUUUUCAGUGAGCAAAUGUUGGUUUACUACAUCAGUGUUUUCCGGGAUGCUUUUUGGCCAAAUGGGAAAUUGGCCCCACCUACCAAAAUCAGAAGCAAAGAGCAAAGUCAGCAAACAAAACAGAGAGCGCAGCAGAAGCUGCUUGAGAACAUUCCAGAUAUGCUUCAGAGCCUCGUUGGACAGCAAAAUGCCCGUCAUGGUAUAAUAAAAAUAUUCAGCGCCCUGCAAGAAACAAGAGCCAAUAAGCAUCUGUUAUAUGUGCUGAUGGAACUGCUGCUAAUUGAAUUGUGUCCUGAGCUGAAAACUCAUUUAGAUCAACUUAAAGCUGGUCAAGUUUGAGACUGCACAAAUAAACCACCAGAGAAAUGUCUGUGUAAUAAUAGACAUGAAACAUUUUCCUCUUUUCCACAGAGGGCUUGACUCGGAACCACACUGAUUCCUUAUUUAGUUACCUCCCUCUAGUUCUCUGUGAAGUAAGCGGACUCGGGCAGGGUGGGGGAGGUACCCGAUGCUAUAGCAGGCAGCAGAAAAAAAGCACUUGUUAAUUAUUCAUUUUUAUUUUAAUAAUAAUAGAAAAACUUUGAAAGUUCACACAAUGAUUAAGAUGCAAUGUUAAUAUGUCAUAAGAACCUAGGAAAUAUUUUAAAUAUUUAUGAAAACAGUUUUGUUUUAAAAUGACAAACUAGGAAUAUUGUACAGUUAACUCCCUCAGCGAGGAUUCUGAACAUUCCUGUAUUAUUUCAUGUGUAUUGAAGAACAUUGUGUGCGAUGCUUUGUGUAAAAUUCUUGUGGAAAUUUUAUUGUCUUUAUUUU